CGGGCCGCCCGUCGUCGUCGAGCCAUUCCAGCGACUCCGCAGAACGGGCGAGAGAGGGAGAGAGAGGAAGAGAGAGAGACAGGUCGGCGGGUGGCGAGAGAGCAGCGCGGGGCUCGGUCGCGAGACGGGUCGGGUAUACGAUUGACGUCGAUCGCUUGUCGAUCCGCGCGAACGCCGUCGUCGGGAUUGUCACGCGCGAGUCGCGGGUGCUGCGAGGAAGGACAACGUACCGAUCUGCGAGGAGGAAAAAGGAAAGAAAAAAAAAAGGAGAAAAGGACGCGGGAUGGACCGAAGGCGGCGAAUAUUCGCGUGACCGAGCGAUCGAUAUGUCACGGCGAUCCAGGCACGCCACGAUCGGCCACCAGCGCGUCACCCCACGAGGAGAGGAAUCGCCCGGGGAUAAAAGGAUCGGCAAGAUGAGCUAGACAAAUAUUAUUGAUCGGUCAGGUACUUAUCUAGGACACAUUUUUUGUGCACAAAGUCCACUGAUACAGACUCAAAAAUGCAUACCUCGAGAUAUGCCGGAUAUCACAUUAACGGAAAUCGUGAUUACAUUACGGACGGCGAAGAGAGCCAUAGAGCUCCUUCAGAUCGCACAGUGUCCGAGUAUAUAGUUGCUAACGAACAUACCACCAUGGUAAAACCUACAAGAAAAAAUCACGCGGACAAAUAUGACAGAGAAGAAGACAGGAGAUCCAGAAGCGCGCAUAAUACUCGCGACUCGGUACUAUCCGGAUCUUCGAAACAUAGUUUGCAUGCACUUCGCAAAAGUGCCUCACACGGCAGCAUUUGUGACAAUGGUUCAGAUAUAUAUGUCACCAGCGCUGCGUAUAGAGCCACUUCCGACAUAAGUCGGAUAUCGCGUCACAGCCUCGCACCAAGCUCCAGAUUGGACCACAGAGCGCCUAGUCAUUAUAGCUACGGUUCCGGUAGGUCAGGCACUUCGACAGUGAAAACUCGUACGUCGCGGAAAGGCGGUAUAAUUGUGGAAACUAUGUCGACGCCUAAUCCGUUCUGUCCAAAUACCAAGGGCGUCUGUUGCCUCAUGUUACUUCUCAAUCUUGGCUUAAUUUUAGUUACUCUAGGCUUCGUUAUCGUCAUACAAUUUUUCCAGCCGUUGGUUGUUUGGAUUUUGGGAAUAGUAUUUCUUGUGUUUGGAUUUUUGACAUUAAUCGGUAGCUUAGUGUAUUGUGUACAUGUGUUCAAAAAUGCCAAACAUCCACAUGAUAUCAAUCCAGAAGAUCUAUAUUGGACCCAUUAUUGGCAAGGCCGUGUUGGUUCUACAGCACCUGAAGUUUAUUAUAAACCAGAAGACAAAUAUCAAGAUGAUGGCUACAGUGAUAGAUACAGCAAAUACUCGGGAAAGUAUUACGACAAGCAAAAUCAGAGAUAUUGAUUAAAAUGUUAAAAAUGGUAAAAACUAUUAAUUAAAAUAUCAAUUAUUCUACCAACUCUUACGCAAAGGAUCUAAAAACCAAUGACGAAUAGAAAAACUAAUCUCAGUGCAAUAAAAUAUAGUACUUAUAUGUAUUUGCAUAAAUAUUGUACUAACAUUCUUUUUUCUUUUUCAAAAAAUAUAAAUAUACCUUUUUUGUAAUAUUAAUAUAAAUAUAAAACCUGUACAAAAGAUAAUCACUUUUCCCAAAAAUAACAUAUAGAAUGUUCAGUGUUAACUUGAUAAUUUGCACAAUUUAGUGUAUCGAUAUAUUAACAUUUCUAAUAAGAGCUAAUUCUAAGUAUGUAUUUAUUUUUUACAUUUUAAAACAUAAAUAUAUAAUUUUUUA